CUUCUCCACCAUGGGACUACGGCCGAAUCAUGCGUUUACAGUCAAUCCUGUGGGCAUCAUGGAACCUCGCCUCGCAAAUCAGCGCGAGUACCUGCUCCCCUGAAGGUUUUGGCUCACUCCCAGCAGGCGUAUCGAUUUUGAAUACCACGGCAUUUCCCGUCUCUUCGCCAUCAAAUGUCUAUGGGCAGUCGGCCGCAGACAGUCCGGGUUACAACCCAGCCUACGCCUGGAACUUUCCUGCGCUCUGCGCUGUCACCGCUAAGAUUGUCGAGGGCAACUCGUCCUACAACCUCGGCCUGUUCCUGCCGAGCCAAUGGGGAGGGAAAUUCCUGGUGGUGGGCGGCUACUCGUUCGCCGGAGGCAUCAACUGGCACGACAUGGGCCCGGGGCCCUGGUACGGCAUGGCGACAGUCACGACCGACACAGGCCAUCUCUCGGCAGCUGCCAACCAGUCCUGGGCUGCUGACCCGGGACUGCGGGCAGCAUGGGGCUCGGUCGCGAUGCACGGCGCCGUGACAUAUGGCAAGAUGCUCACUGAGGCUUACUACAGCUCCAACAUCACCGGAUCUUACUACAGCGGCUGCUCGACGGGCGGGAGGCAGGGGCUCAAGGAGAUCCAGGAGCACCCUGACAGUUUUGACGGGCUCAUGAUAGGCGCCCCAGCGUGGAACACCAAGAACUACAUGCCCUGGCUGACGCAGAUCGGCAUCUGGAACCAUGCGAGCAACGCGACCAGGCUGAAUGACACCGACUUUGGCACCCUGGCGGCCUUCGUGCAGGCCCAGUGCGAUGCCCAAGACGGGCUCGAGGACGGGAUCGUCAGCUCACCCGAGACGUGCCGCAUCAGCUGGGACAAUAUCAAGUGCGGGUCGCCGAGCAACCCGAGCCCGUGUCUCAGCAGCGAGCAAGUCGAUAUCGCACAGCUCGUCUACGAUGACUAUUACAUAGAAGGGGGUGCCGACUUUGUGCACAAUGGCUUCGGGAUUAGCUCCGAGGAACAGUGGCCGACCUUUCUCACUGCGUCGAGCACGACCGGCUUCGACGGAGAAUAUGAGCGGUACUUCCUAAACUAUGGAUCGGAAUGGCAGACCAAAAGCUACAACUCAUCGACUGUGCUAGACUCGCGCGCGCGCGAGAACGACGUUGCGACUGCAGAUCGUUUUGAGCUGAGACCCAAUAGCAAGGGCUUGUACCCCAAGAUCUUCAUGUAUCACGGAAUGGCGGACGGUGUCAUCCCCUUCAAAUCCUCGGAGCUGUAUUACAACCGCACUCAGGCCGCCAUGCCCGGGGCGAAUGUUACGGAUUUCUUCCGCUUCUUCGCCGUCCCUGGGAUGCAGCAUUGCUGGGACACAUCAUCGCCCCUGGCCUUCGCGCCAAGCAAGACCACAGUCGACGCGCCUUGGAUGUUUGGCGGGGCAGGACAGGCGGGAUAUCUCCAGAACUUUAGGCUUGGCAACGGGUGGUCGGUGCCUGGCUUUGAGAACAACUCUCGGUACGACGCGUUUGCUGCUAUAGUGGACUGGGUGGAGAAAGACGUCGCCGUCGACAGCGUCGUGGCCACAAUGUGGAAACGAGGCAACGGGACGGUCUAUACUACUUCAGGCGAGGUUCUCCGGCAGAGGCCAAUAUGGGCGUGGCCGAAGGAGGCCGUCUUCGUCGGUGGAUCUGCGGACCCUAAUUUAGAAUCUAGUUGGCAUUGCAGUUGAAGAUGCGAUCAAUAGUAAACGGAAUGCCUUACAGA